AUGACGGCACCAACAUCACCGAGAUCACCACCAGCAAUACCACAAGCAUUUCAACCUGUACGACCAUCGCCCUUAUCAACGCCUCUAUCAUCUAGUAGCGUGCCAAGAACUCAUCCGAGGAGAUCAUCAGCAGCUGCUUCAGAAGCAGCUUCAAUUUCCAACAAGAAUGCUUUUUCGUUUCCUGGGUUGAAAGGGUUGAAUGAAAAAGGUAAAGGAAGGAUAUUAGGCUUACAAGACAAGCUCAAAAAUGAAGUUGAUGGAGUCGUCAAACGUCGCUCGGGUGGAGUUCUAGGAAGAGGAUAUAUCCUAAAGACAGAUCACUAUCCUACUGGAAGAGCUAUGGAUCUAGAGCUGACCAUACAAGGGGCACCAAAUUUUCGAGCACCAGAUGAAGAAUCUUUGAACGUCUUUGGGGUCGCUCAACCCACAGAAGCAGGAUUGAAAUCUAUUCUAACCCUUUUAGCCUGUCAACCAUAUCGACCUAUUCGAAGAGUCAAAUCGAGACGAGCUUCGGUACCGGCAGGACCUUCGACACCAGGACUUGAGAGCACCAAUGGAAGCUCACAGCCUUCUUCCAGAGUGGUGUCUUCUACCAUGGUAAGAACGCUUAGCUCAGGCGAGGGAGAGGAAGAUGGAAGAGCCAUCUGGUUCAGUACGCGAGAAGAAACAUUAGUGUAUUGUAACGGCCGUCCUUAUGUCCUGAGAGAUGCAUCUACACCAUACCAGACUCUCGCUCUCUCUGACAGAGCAGAUAACUUGGAAGAUAUCGAAAGAAGACUCAAACUAGACAUUCUAGAUGAGUCAAGGAAAUAUGGCGGGAUGCUCCUGACUCACGAGGAAAUUACUGGUGGGACCAUAAUUCCUACCUGGGUCAGCAUAGACGAAGACUCGUUGAGAACCCCCAAAGAAGUAUGGGAGGAUAUGAAAAAUCUCGGUUACAGGGUCGAUUACUAUAGAAUACCAAUCGCUCCGGAUACUCCUAUCGAACACAACUACCUAGACGCAUACGUUUCAGUACUGAAAAACGUCGAUCCCCUCUCAACCGCCUUGGUAUUCAAUUGUGGUAUGGGAGUUGUUCGAACUACGUUCGCAAUGUGUGCCGCGAUGCUCAUCAGGCGGAAACAGCUUUUGUUGCAAGAAUUAGAUGAUCCUUUCUCUUCGGCUACCGCUUCCGGAGUUGCAACACCUUCACAAAUGCCUCAAGCAGCGCAAUUCCUUGAACAAGCUAAUAUUCAGCAAUCGCUCAACAAGAGUCUGCUCAAAGUGACUCGUGUCCUGGAUCGAAAUUUACCUUCCAAGCAUCCGUCAACUGCAAUCGACCUGCUUACUUCCCAGCCCGCGUUGCUUGAACAGCUGCGGAAAGCCCACAUGGGGAGUUACCAGAUCGUCAUGUCUUUACUAUCAAGUUUGGAUCACGGAAAGCAGAUGAAGAGGCUGGUGGAUGCUGUCAUCGAUGCAUGCGAUGCUGUGAUCAAUCUUAGGGAAAACGUGAUAGAGCACCGAAUCAAGUAUAGUGUGUCGUCAAUGGACGAUAAGAAUAGACAGGUCUAUCUGGACAAGGCACUCCGCGCGCUCGAACAAUAUUUCGAUCUCAUCGUAUUCGCCUCCUAUGUAGAUGAGGAGAACGCUGGAACCACAGGUGUAACGUUCUCUUCCUGGCUAAAGAGGCGACCUGAAAUUUGGAACCAAAUAAAAGUCAUGCGUCGAAGUGGCGGCAAUCGUCUGUUUGCCUUUGCCCCUGUAAACGAUCUCAGUCUCAUUUCUCGUUCAUCUGAGCUUGCAGAGAAAGGUAUCAGCGCUAGACAUGAUCUGGAGAUGCAAGGAGGUAAGGUACUAGGCGACGAAUGGGCAGAACAUGUGGUCACCAAUAGAAGCGGCAUCAUGCUUCGUGCCUCAACCCUGCUUAAAUCCGAUCUCUGGUUGACAAAAUCCGCUUCAUCCACGGAAGGUGUAAGAGGGGCUACCGGUUUCCGAAAGAUCAAAGGAAGUACGAUCUAUGCUACAGGUCAACCGACUCAGGAUGCUAUAUCGACAAUACUACAAACUGUCCACCAGAAGUCUCCACAUAUCCACAACGUAAUAUGGGUUUGCCUGAGGGAAGAGCCCUUAGUGAUCAUAAAUGGUUCGCCAUAUUGUCUUCGUCGGGACGGGACAGCUUUACGAAACAUGCGAGAUUAUACCGGCGUAUCAUCAUCAAGGCUCGAGGUGCUAGAGCAGAGGCUCAAGAGCGAUGUGAUAGCUGAAAUCGAUCAAUUCCAGGGAAGAGUCUUACUUCAUACCGAAACACCUGAUGGAGAAGUAGUACCUGUCUGGGAGAGCCUGAAUGCGAUGGAUGUGGCUUCUCUCAGAGAAGUGAUGGACGAUGUAGCGGUCGCAUCGACCAACAUUCAGUUGCAUUUCAUCAGGAUCCCUAUCACCUCUGAAUCUUCUCCUGAUUUCCACGAUAUAACCGAGCUUUUGGAUCUCUGUAUGAGAACCGACCUUUCCAAGUCGGCUAUCAUUCUGAACGACCAAUUGGGGAGAGGUAGAAGCUCCACAACAGCUGUCAUCGUUCUUCUUAUCCAUCAAUGGCUUCAAUCCGGUAAGGUAGCCUCCACCUCUUAUUCAACUCCCAGCACACCCUCAAAACCAAAACCGCAGAUGUUGAGAAAACAUAUCACCAACGCUCCCAGGACCAGCUGGCAGGUAAUCAAUUCUUGCUUGAGGGUAAUCAGGCAUGGUCUGGACGUCAAGCAGGCUGUCGAUGAAGCUAUUGAUGCCACAGCAACCCAAUUCAAUCUUCGAGAAGCCAUAGAGGACACCCGUCAAAAAGCUCAAGAGGCUCAAGAUCCGAAGAUCAAACAGAAACUGACUGAGAAAGGUCUGUACCACCUCAAGAGGUACCUCCACUUGAUCCUUUUUCAAGCGUAUUUGGAUGAUCGAGCACCAGAUCAAGAAAAUCCUUAUUCUUUCGAAUCUUUCGUAAAACAUCGACCAGUCUUCAAAACCCUCGAGAAGGAAUUGGAAGAGGGUGGACUGAAGAGUCUGGCUCCUAUAGAGAGGAUGGAACCUGCAGAUGGCAUGGCCCUGCCGGACGAAGUCACACAGGUAGUUGCUAAUCGAUCAGGUGCUAUUCUAUCUGCUCAGACUAUCUUGAAGUCAGACUUCUUUUCAGGAUUGCAGAAACAGAGUUUACCGGAACGAGUGGAAGGGGCGGCCAAUUACAGAAGACUCCCGCUUGCUCUAGAAUCGGACUUGAUUGAUGAAGAACAGACGAAGCAGCGAGACGACGAUCAUCAUUAUGUGUAUGGUACCGGGAUGCCAUCUUCUGCCGGGCUACGAAACGCUUUGGACAAGAUGGAAGCUGGACCUAACGGCAAGAGAAAGGUCACUUGGACCUCUCUGCGAGAAGAACCUGUGCUGUAUGUCAAAUCUCGACCACACGUGCUACGAUUGAUUGAUAAACCAGUCACAAACAUCGAGACAACUGGAGUCACAGCGGCUGUAGUCGAACGUAUGGAGGUCGCUCUCAAGAAAGACGUUAUUCGAGAACUUCGACAGGGAAACGGUCGCUUACUGUUACACGACGAAGUGGAAACCAAACCCGGCGUAUACGAUAUCAUCCCUAUUUGGGAGACCUUAGAGGAGAGCGAAGUGAUGACACCCAAAGAGCUGUAUGAGGGUGUCGUAGCAGAAGGCUACAAGGUAGAUUAUGUCAGAGUAGCCAUUACCGAUGAACAGGCUCCCUUACCGGUCUCUUUGCAAGUCCUCGUCAAGAGGAUCGCCGAAGGAUUACAGCAAGGUACAGACUUUGUGUUUAACUGUCAGAUGGGCAGGGGGAGGACUACUACUGGAAUGACAGUCGCUUGUCUUAUCGCUACCGUUGCUUCGGACAACGAGGUGCUGGAUUUAGAUUCUUCGGAUGAUGACUUCGAUGACGAAGAGCCGAUGCCAGAAACAAAUCAAUAUCUGAAAGGUGAAUACAAAACCAUCCUUCAACUGGUUACCGUCAUGUCGCACGGAAAAGAAGCCAAGAAGAUUACAGAUCGGGCUAUAAAUGUCAUGGAGGGUGUCCAAAAUCUCAGGAAGGCAGUAUACGACUUCAAGUUACAAGUAGAUGCCACGGAACCUGGAUCUUCUAAAUACAAAGCUCAAUCUACCAGAGCUAUCAACUACUUGUACAGAUAUGGCGCCCUGAUCGUGUUGGCAAAUUUCUUACUUGAAAUCAAGGAACAAGGCAUUCCUUUGAAGGACGCUGAUUUUCCAGCAUGGUUUGAACAGCACCGGGAGAUUAGAUCGAUAUUGAGUCGAAAGGGUUUAGAUUAA